CGGCCGGCCCACAUCAACUAGUAUAAAUUCGUACAAAAACUAAGCUUCUAAAUCAUUAUUAUUUGCUCUCUCUGUCAGCCUUUCAAAACCCACAAAACCCCUGCUUCUGCUUCCUCUGUUUUCUCCUUCUUCCUCUGUUUUAUCACAACCAUGGUGAUUUACUCAAAACCAUCCCUGUUAGAACAAAACUUCUCAACACCCAUUAGAACCUUCAUCAAACACCAGCAAAAGACUAUCAUUCCAGUAAUUGAUAUGUCAAAUCCAUAUGCAAAACACCAUAUUGUCAAAGCUUGUGAAGAAUAUGGAUUCUUCAAAGUCAUUAACCAUGGCAUACCAAUGGAAUUAAUGAGUGCAUUAGAAUCCGAAGCUGUUAAGUUCUUCUCACUGCCUCAAUUCGAAAAAGAUAAAGCUGUUCCUGCUAGUCCAUUUGGUUAUGGGAACAAAAAAAUUGGACCAAAUGGUGAUGUGGGUUGGAUUGAGUACCUCCUCUUAUCAACAAAGCUUGAUUCUGCAUCCUCUUCUCAAUUAUUCAAUUCAUUACGAGGAAACCCAGAUUUUUUCAGGUCUCUGGUGAAGAGUUACAUAGGAUCUGUGAAGAAUUUAGCUACGGAAGUUCUCGGAUUACUGGCAGAUGGUUUAAUGAUGCAAAAAAGAAAUGUGUUCAGUAGAUUGUUAGAAGAUGAAGAAAGCGACUCGAUUUUUAGAUUAAAUCAUUACCCACCGUGUCCUCCUCCUCCUAAUCAUCGUAAUACGGUCGGGUUCGGAGAACAUACAGACCCUCAGGUAGUAUCAGUGUUGAGAUCAAACAACAUCACUGGCCUUCAAAUUGCUGAUAAAAAUGGUUCCUGGAUUCCUGUUCCACCUGAUCAGAACUCAUUCUUCAUCAAUGUUGGUGAUUCUUUACAGGUAAUGAGCAAUGGGAGGUUCAAGAGUGUGAAACACAGAGUGAUCCAAAACAGUAUGAAAUCUAGGGUGUCAAUGAUAUAUUUUGGUGGCCCACCUUCAAGUGAAAGAAUAGCACCUUUACCAUCACUGUUGGCAGAAGGUGAACAGAGUUUAUAUAAAGAAUUCACAUGGUCUGAAUACAAAAAUUCUGCUUACAAAUCAAGAUUGGCUGACAACAGGCUUUGCAAAUUUGAGAAACAACAACUUUCAAGGAAGUUACCGCUGGAGUAUGGUGGUAAAGUUAUUGGAUGAUAACACCAAUGACCUAAUCCGAGUUCGAAACUCAUCGGCAUUAUGGGAAAAGGAACAACAAAACUUAGUGAAUAGUGUUUAGUUUUUUUUUUUUUCUUCCUGCUAUUUCUAUUUCUUUUUCUUGGCCAAUUGUAUUUAGUCAAAAAAACUAAACUACAACAACUAACUGUGGUUGGAAUUGUGGCACAUGAAUGAAUGCUCCUCCAGAAUUGAACAUCUUCUUAUGGAAAAGAUGUAUACAGCAAAUUUCAGCUAUAAAAUCUUACUUAUCUA